AUGAUCCUGAGCUUUCUUCUCCUCGCCCUUAUCCCCGAGCUGGCUAUUGGCGCUGCUAUGACUGAUAUUGAUCUUGCUCCUGCCCCUGCUGCCGACCAGGACCUCGCUGCCUCUUCCUUCAUUGUCUCACUCACAGCGGCCGACUACUUCCCCAAUGCCAAGGGCGACCUCAGCCCCUUCGACAUCAACACCUACUUCACCAACUACAACGCGGACACCAGGUCUUGGCUGAGCGCCCUAGGCUCACACACAGGGGACACAGACGAAGACAAAGCCCGGCUGCUAACGGAGGCGGCAUAG